CUAUAGUGUACCACAUUCUUUACUAGCACGGAGUAGUACACAAACAGUCCUUACGGUGUGCAUAUUUCUUAGACAAUGCCUCUAAUAAAAGUGGCAGACGACAGUGGUCACACGAUGCAACUUCUAGAGUGUAACGGCCAGUUCGGAUCCCCACAGUUUAACGAGGAAGCCAUGCUCAACAUCCGGGACUUUCCGCUCAGAGAAGAUGACGUCAUUCUCUGUUCUUAUCCGAAAUCAGGUUGUCACUGGUUAUGGGAGAUCGUAAGGAUUCUUCAGACCGGGCAAAUCACAUCAGAAGAUGGCGUUCUAGCCAAGGAGAGCUUCAUGAUGGAGUGGAGACCUUAUUCCUGCUACCAGUUUCUGCCUUCUCCCCGCGUCCUUAACAACCACAUGACCUUUGACAUGCAGCCCAGGCAACUGCUAGAGAAGAGGCCAAAGGUCGUGUUUAUUUAUAGAAAUUUAAAGGACGUUGCCGUUUCUUUUUAUUACCAUCACCUGGGCAUCGAUAAGUACAGUUAUAAGGGAGAUUUUGACAGCCAUAUCAGACGAUGGGUAGAUGGCCUAACCGACAAUGGAUCGCCAUUUUCUUAUAUUUUGGGUUGGGAAAAAGGAUUAUCUGAACAUCCCGAGUUACCUGUCUUUGUCGGAAGCUUUGAGGAUUUUAAAGAGAAUAAUUUUUCAGAAGUCAAACGGCUGUCGGAAUUUUUGGGCCAUCAAUACGCUGAUGAUUUUCUCCAACAAAUUUGUUGUGCUACGGAGUUUGCAGUUAUGAAAAAAGUUCACGGGGAAAAAUCUUUCAAAACACCGGAUGGUGAGCCCGUCAUGUACAGGAAAGGGCAAGUUGGGGAUUGGAAAAACCACUUUACUGUAGCCCUAAAUGAAUGGUUUGAUGAUGUUAUCAAGACAGAAAUGGCAGCCUCUAAACUAAAGUUUAAAUACACUGUGGAGUAGUUGACUGUUAAACAAGAAAUCUCUCCGUAGUUGUACUAGAUACUAUACACAUACAUCAAGUUACCUAUGUUACGAUGAUGUAGCCAGCAUUUGUCAAACGUGCAUGGGUUGGUUUCUACAAAUAGCCAAACAAUGUUUUGAAAAUGACUCAGAUCUACAGUCUGUACUGUAGAUGUCGCUGAGACCUCCCAGCUCUAAAUGGUACCUGAUGCAAGUUGUGGCAAAGUUCAAAGGACAGAGGGUGUAGUGCUGACAUUGCAAUUCCUUUAAUAAGUCUAGUUAAAAAACGUUUGAAUAAAAUCACAUUUCAAAUGGGUCAAAAUUAAUAUUUACCUCAAUCUAAGGGAUGUUGUGAAGUAAGUAUAAGUUUGUAAAAACAGAUUUGCUUUACUUUUUCUUCCCUAUGAUAAGCAGGUCUGUAGUUUCUAUUAGUUAAAUAGAACCACACAAUCUUUCUGAAAUUUAUAAACCUUAAGGAUUGUAUUGCUUGGUGUAAUGUCCUACAGUGUUUGUGUUACACUAGUUACAGGCUUGUAUCCACUUGUUAAUCAUGAGAUUAGCCAGCCACUUUAGAAUUUGUAUCUUGUC